AUGUUCCGCUUUAGCAAAACUCUCGACCCAAUCACCCUCUUCCACAACCCAACGCUAGCAAGCUCAACCCGCACCCUAAACAUCCUAAAACAAGCCUCAACCACGGCGUCCGAAACCGCAACGGAAGACCAGGCAAGCGACCACUCCAGCCACGCAAAGCAACAACGCGGCGAUUUCGAGCUGGAGGUUACGACCUCGGCGCCGACGACGGACCAGCUCCGCUCGAUCCUGGAUUACAUCUCGCCCACCUCUGGCGUUGGUGGCCAGGGAAAUAAGGAGACAUACUCGGUCAGUGAGUUGAUAAAGGGGGCGAAGGAUGCGGAGGAUGCGAUUAAGAAGUUUAAGGAGGAUGAAGGGAGGUUUGUGAGACCUAUUACUGUUGACUGGGUGAAUGGUCGCGCUGUUAUUGGGGAUAGGGAGUCGGAGAUUUUGAAGAUGGUUCGUCAGUUGCCUGUUAACUAG